CCGCGUAUCCCCCUUCGGCCAGGAGACGCGAGCCGAUCUGCGCAGAACGCCCGGCAGCCGCCUUCAGGUGCUGUUGUAUACGCGCUCGAGAAGCGAGAAGCCGUCCCCGAGAACCCUCACCGAGUCGACCGGCAUGACUGUUGUACCGCGGACGAUGCACUGGUGCCUAGCCGCCUGCUUUGUGGUGGCCGUUGGGCUUGUCCGGGAGGCGUACGCCAUCGAUGACCAUCAGCUAUCCCAAGACCUGUUGGACCUGAAGCUGCUGGGCCUCCGGCUGGAGACUAAGCUGACUAUUCUCGAAGGCCUGAUGAACAAGCUGAGCGCCUCCUCCAACAAGUGCAGCCAGGGUGGCCGCACGGGGGGUCCGGACGUCGACACCGAAGUGGCCACCAGCGACACCCAGGAGCGAAUCCUGCGCGCCCAGCAGGCCAUCAUCGACAUCAGCAACCGCAACACGGUCGAGCUGGAGAACCUAUCGCAGCUCGUCACCACGCAGACGGCCAAGCUGGCCAACCGCUCCGACGCCAUGCUCGGCCUUCUCAAGUCUUCCGAGCUCAUACACCGGCGGCCGCCUCCUCAGGAAACCAUCUCACAGGGCCGCAGGCACCACCAGCCUUAGAAUACUUCUAGGCUGCCUUCGCGUCACAAAUUCUCUACUUUUCUUUCCACGUGAACGAUUUCAAAGGAACGGUGCGGAAUAAAAGAAGGUCGGGAACGUUACGGCGCCCGUCAGUUCUUUGUGCACUGUUCGCAUGGGAUGAAUGAGACAACGUCAUCAUUCGGAGACUCACGUCACUUCAUCACACAGUGUGACGUGUACAACAGUGAACGAGAACCGUUCGUGUAUGCGUGCGAUUUGUAGGAGAUAAAUUUUUGCUGUGUGUGCGUUCCAAUAAAAACUAUGCACUCUUCCUCAGGAAACUGAAACACUUUGUAGGGAAGUAUUGCGCCUGGUGUAAGGCCUUGUUGAAGGGACUUAUGACUGUAGGAUACGGUGGCGGUGUGCUAUAGCAUUUUUGCAAAAUGAGUGUCGGAUCUGGUGUUAAAUAAAGGUUCUCAGCCGCUCUCUCGGAGACCAAUGCAAUCCAAAAAUCACUGUCCAGGCGAACAGCCGAAAGUAGUGGUUGUAGAGCCUAGGUCUGCGCACUAAAGCUCUAUAAAGAUUUGGCUCAAUCUC